UCCAUCUUCGACAGAAACCAUCUCAAGAAGAAAACUCGAUCCAUCCAAUGUAAUCACUACCUACUACGACCCUCGCGGGUCUUGACGGUGGAAGUCAUGCAAUGCCUGUAGCUGGGCAACUCAACGAUCAGGUACCUCAGGUAACUUUGGCUAUGGACCGGUGUUCGUUCCCAUCUGCCAGCGUGCAUACUCCCCGCCGGAAGUACUUCCGCCUGGGAUUUGCACGCUGGUGGCUCUGGGUUCGUUCUGAGAUUAUACGGUUAAACUUGAUCUGGAUAAUACCAGCGAAAGGAUCAUGCCUUCCCUCGUUCCCCCCUGUCUGCUGGAAUGACUAACAAGUCUCAGUCACUACCGUGACUCGAACUCUUACCUGCCCAACCCGAGAACAAUGUCUCCCCCCGCUGCCUUGUUGGAAUCCCCUGUGGCCCCUAGCGCUGGCCUCAAGGGCAAGGUGAUCGUUCCCGAGACUGCUCUGAUGAUGGGAGGAAACUCCCAGACCAAGCUGCUUGACCACUUCGGCGGCAAGUGGGAUGAGUUCAAGUUCGAACCGAUCCGUGAGAGUCAGGUGUCUCGCGCCAUGACCCGACGCUACUUCCAAGACCUGGACAAGUACGCCGAGAGCGACAUUGUCAUUGUCGGCGCUGGUUCUUGUGGUCUGAGUACUGCGUUCGUGCUGGCUAAUGCGCGCCCUGAUUUGAAGAUUGCCAUCAUCGAAGCCAAUGUGUCUCCUGGUGGUGGUGCUUGGCUGGGUGGCCAGCUCUUCUCUGCGAUGGUCAUGCGCCGUCCCGCCGAGGCUUUUCUGAAUGCACUCGGCGUGCCGUACGAGGAAGACCCGGGAAACCCCCAUUACGUCGUGGUGAAACAUGCAUCUCUGUUCACCUCGACUCUGCUGUCCAAGGUCCUCUCCUUCCCCAACGUCAAGCUUUUCAACGCCACCAGCGUGGAGGACUUGGUGACGCGUCCCUCGCCCAACGGGAACCCUAAGGAGACCCGCAUCGCCGGGGUGGUCACCAACUGGACCCUGGUUACUCUGCACCACGACGACCAUUCCUGCAUGGACCCCAACACCAUCAACGCUCCUCUUGUGAUUAGCACCACUGGUCACGACGGUCCGUUUGGAGCCUUCUGCGCCAAGCGACUGGUUUCGAUGGCGAGCGUGGACAAGCUGGGCGGCAUGCGCGGCUUGGACAUGAACUCUGCCGAAGACGCCAUCGUCAAGAACACUCGCGAGGUGACCAAGGGACUGAUCAUCGGUGGCAUGGAGCUGUCGGAGAUCGACGGGUUCAACCGUAUGGGACCUACCUUUGGUGCGAUGGUGCUCAGCGGUGUUAAGGCGGCCGAGGAGGCGCUGAAGGUGUUCGAAGAGCGCCAGCGUGAGUGCGCCGAGUAG